GACCAUUUCUUCCACUGUAACAAAUUAUUUAUCAAUCUAACUUCUUUAUGUGAUUAAAUAUAACACAGGGUAGGCUUACAAUAAACAUGGCUGACCUGCUUGGUUCCAUACUUGGGUCUAUGGACAAACCACCAACUGCCUCGGAAGAUGAAAAGAAAAAGGCAAAAGAGCAGCAGAUAAAGAUGAGAAAAAUGUUAAAAGAAGAAAAAGAUCGAAAAGAAAAAUUUCGUAAAAAUGUUGAGAAGCAGAUUUCUGAUUUUGUAAACGAUGGUGAAAAGACGAGACAUAAAAUGAAACCAAUGAAUAAACUGGAACGAAGUAUUGUACAUGAAAUGGCAGACAUUGGUGGAUUAUCAACGCAAGCUUUUGGAGUUGAGGAAAAUGACAGAUAUGUGAUGCUUAUUAAGAAAGAGCAUCCGCUAACAGAGGAUGAAAUACAAGCUUAUAAACAAGGAGAGACGUGGAAUGAAGAGAAAGAAAAAGAAGUUAAAAAGAGAAAGGAGGCAGAAGAACGAAUCAGAAACGAAGUAAUUGUCGCUACGACCUCAACAGUAGAACCUACAUCUAACUAUAAGGAUAAAUAUAAUCAUAUUAUUGGAUCGUCUGCUGCAAAAGAAGCUGCACGCAAAACAGAAGCAAAUAAAUCCUUUGGAAUGGUACCAAGUACAAACAAACGAGAUCAAAGAUCAAUUGAAGAAACUCUCAACCAAAUACGGGCAAAAAAGAAGCAGAAAACUGGAGAUGGUUUGUGACAACAAGAACUUCAACUUAAAAUCCUGUCACUAACUUUGAACUACUGAGAUAAUCAAUUCUGCAUGCCCCAUGCACUUUAUAGGCAAUUUCAACAGUGCACAAUAAAUUUUUCAAAAAUUUU